AUGUGGGGCAACAAAGGCCAUACAGCCUCACAAAUCCACGAUCAAAGGCAAGACCGAGUGACGUUCUUCUCCAGCGUACUAGAUGGCACACGGCCGACCGCUGUUGAUGCACAGCCGACCAGGGACCGGCGACCAGCGAGUCCGACGCUGGAUGACAACGAGUCAUCCGAGUUGGACGGCGAGGAAGAGGAGGCCACUCCCAAGCACUACCCAACAAGGGGUGGGAAGCAGCCGGUUCACAAAGAGCCGCCCAAGAAGAAAAGAAAAGGAACAACUACGCCUCCCCGCAAGCAAGGCUGGGUGAAGAUUAGGGAGCCCACCACACGCCCUAGUGGCCAGAGCAGGGACCGCAGGGCAAGGGACCUCUGGCAGGCCGCGCAAGUUCAGGCCCUCUGUCAGGGGAUCAGACCUUUGGAGGAGGCGCCGAGGGCAUCCGAAGAUGCAGCUGGCCCCAGUGAUGAGGACACCCAAAGCUCGGAGCCGGUAAAUGAGGGUGAGCCGGUGGUGAGUCCCCAAGCAUCUCUGUCGGAGAUGGCCCUCGGUGCUCCGAUCGGACCACGGCGCAGCGAGAGGCAAGGUCCCUCGAGGGAGAUCCCCGAGGGCAUCGAAGAAAUUGAUUGGGAGCCGCCGCGUCCUUGGAAAGCCCCGCCUCCGGCUGCAAGAACAUUUCUACGCCGAGGAGACAUGCUGGAGGUCAUGGAGGAGGAAGAAGCCAGCAAACAGAUGAAGGAACUUCAGGCCACCCUUGCAUCGGCAUCAAGCCAGAUACAAGAGCUAAUGAAAACAGCCGAGCACCGCACUUGCCUUCUGGAGCAGGCGGCCCCAGCCUUUGCCGAGAACAAGAGGCUGCGGGAGUCGAUGGAAGCGCUCGAAAGGAGCUUGGCCGGGGCUCAUGGCGACAAGGAGAAGCUGCAGUCACGUGUGUCAGAGCUGGAGUCCAAGAACUGGUCACUGACCGAGCAGCUCAGCACGGCUGUUGAUUAG